GUCUGUAGAGUGGAAAGUACAAGCUCACCCCGUUAUAAAGCGGACCGCAUCAGUAAGGUGAUCAUCUUCGAGGCUAUCAGCCACCGAUAAAGCGACCAGCGCAUCAAGAUCUGAUCAGCAACCGACCACAGACCCAAACAUGAGACCCUACUGCGUCUUCAUCUCCUGCCUUGUGCUCUUCGCUUUCUGCUCACUGGCUCAGAGUGAAUUCAGCCAAGGUCCCGACAAGUGCUGCUUUUCUUUUUCCAAUGUAAAAAUCCCAGUAAAGCAGGUUGAGAGUUAUCAUACUACACAUCUUGAAUGCCACAGGAGUGGUGUCAUUUUCUCCACUAAAGCUCAAAAAGAGAUCUGCGCUAACCCGUCAGAGAGAUGGGUUCAGAGACUGAUGAACUUGGUGGAUGCUCGAAACAUCAAGGAGAUGGACAGCGAAUAAGAUGUGAACGGCUCUUCACUUUUCAAACUAUUGAAUUGAACAGUUUUCAAACUGAUUUUAAGCUGAUUUUAUUUAAAAGCAAUAAUAUGUAUAUCUGUUAAUCAAUUAAGAAGACUGUGUAUCUGUUUUCAUUUUCUUAACUUUACUAUAUGCAAAUUAAAGUUUAUUGAAAGACA